CUAUUAAAUACGAUUUUUAAACAAAGCAGUUUAACCAACGCGGACUAAUGGCUUCAACAGAAGCAUAUGCAGUCGACGAAAAACCUCUGAGCUCACGCAUGUCUCUUGAAACGGGCACAGAGAGCAAAACUGGGUCUGCUGACUCCCAGAUCAAUCCACACUCCAACACAUCCUCCGCUACAGACACACCGAUCACAAAUGCUCCUACAGAUACACAGAACAAUAACACCACCAUAGACACAUGCACCUCCAUCUUCAAGGAAGUGGAAAGUAUCCUGCCCUUGUCAUGUGGACACAAAAAACGAAGAUAUCCAGUGACGGUUGAAGAGGUGAAGCGCAGGGUGGGGCCGCCAGAAAACAUGUCUCUCAAUUCUCUAGUGGCCUAUUUACGGGUGGAUAAAACAAAAAAUGUCACCCUAAAACAGGAUCUCCAGGAUGCUGGUAUAGACCCAGCACCAAAAACGACAGUCACAUCUCUUUGUUCCAGAGUCACUGAGGGUGAAGCAGCAGACCUUACUCUAAGCAUUGGGAAACUGGCAGUAACCACAAUUCCCUUUGAUGACAUCACCAUAGUAGCCCUAGAUCAUCAGUAUCCAGAUAUUUCCAUUGGGAGACUCUAUGAAUUCAGGGAGAUGUUGCAGAGUCUAGUGACUGCUGUGAAGGCACACAGUGGUGACUUCGACCUGGCCACCCAUGGGAUGGGAUUCGGGAUGCUAGAUGUGUACACCGGCAUUCUCAUGCAAGUAACUGAAAAAGAAAUUGAGAACCGUAAAAAAAAGUAGAAAACGAUGCUGUUAGUUCAUUUUCAGACUGCUUUAUUUAGUGUAUUUUUUAAAAAUGUUUUAGACACCCUUUAUUAUAUUAGGUGUCUUUAACUUUUAUGUACUUUUAAGCAUUUGCAGCAAUGUACGUAAUAAGUACAUUAGAGGUAGACCGUUAGUUGUUUUUUGGAACUAAUGGUUAUCGGAUAAAUCUAUGCAGAUAAUUGUGGAUAGUUUUAGUUGUGAUUAACCAUUAUGUGGGGAUUUUCUGUAUCAUUGCCAAUUUUCAUAUUUCUGUCCUCACUUCAAAACAUGUUUUAUUUUGACUAGAUAAUCAAAGUGUAUUAAAUUGAAGUGAGGGCAUGGAAAUAAAAAUGCGACUAUAUGGAAAUGUGCCCUGUCAGCACAUACAGUACAUUGUGUUUACAACUUCAUAUCUUGUGAAUAAUAAUAAUAAUAAUAAUAAACCUCAUUGCUCAUUAAACCUCAUCUGUUGAAAUGUAUAACUUGGCAAAUACUGCUUAAAUAUAGAGCAUUGUAACUGAGCCAACAAAAAGUCCCGUUUGUGUUUUGGGCUUGAAGUUAAGUCACAUUUUCUUAUAACUAUUGGGAUUUUGGUGGAACAAUAAACUGCAUCUGGGAUUUUACUCAUUUUGGACUCUUGUAGUGUGGAAGUCAAGGUUGAAAUUCCAACCGUUUUAGAGGCGAAUGUGCAAAGCAAAAUAUUACGGAUUCACAGAUUAAAUAUACGCUCACGAAGUACUUUAUUAGGAACCCCUGUUCACCUACUUAUUCAUGCGAUUAUGUAAUCAGCCAAUGGUGUGUCAGUAACCCUAACCCUGCACUGCAUAAAAUCUUGCAGAUACGGGUCAGGAGCUUCAGUUAAUGUUACAUUUACAUUUAUGCAUUUGGCAGACGCUUUUAUCCAAAGUGACUUACAGAGCACUUAUUACAGGGACAAUCCCCCCCGGAGCAACCUGGAGUUAAGUGUCUUACUCAAGGACACAAUGGUGGUGGCUGUGGGGCUCGAACCAGCAACCCUGCUGAUUACCAGAUUACAAGUUAGGUGCUUAGACCACCACUCCACUCCAUUCUGAUGUUCACAUCAACCAUCAGAAUGGGGAAAAAUAAUCUCAGUGAUUUGGACCAUAGAUGAUUGUUGGUAUCAGACGGGCUGGUUUGAGUAUUUGUGGGAUUUUCACACACAACAGUCUCUAGAAUUUACUCAGAAUGGUGCCAAAAACAAAAAACAUCCAGUGAGUGGCAGUUCUGUAGAUGGAAACGUCUUGUUGAUGAGACGUCAAUAUUGUUUUUUUUAUUGACAUUUAUUCACUUAACUUACUGUCAGACACACUUAAAGCAUGCUAUUUUGAUUUGAUCCCUCCAACACAGAGUCUUUAAUGAUGUAACUAUGGUGUGCAGUAAAAUAAUUAAGUGUUAAAAUACAUUCUAUACAUUCUGAAAUGUGAUAUUUUUCCAUCUCAACCAUGUGUUGUACACUGGAGACAUUUGUUUUUUUUUCCUGCGUUGAAGCUUCCUCUGUAACCUAAACUAAAAUGCCAAAUUCAUCCCUCAAUUCUUAACAGAAAUGAUCACAAUGGGAAUGACAGAGUUAACAUAUUGAAGCUGUGACUGCUGAGACUUAAACAUUGUUUGUUUAAAAAUAUGGAUAAAUAAACCUUACCAGUUACAAAUCGCGAUUCUUGAGCCGAACGAUUUUGAAAUCGUCUCCCUGAUGAAAAAUCAAUUAUUUUAUAAAAACAAAAACACAUGUUUAUCUUUACGUUUAUUCCUUUAAUGCAUCGCUACCGCAGCCAUCAAGCGCUGUUCAUUUGAGCUGUUGUGGAGAGUAUUUGUCUGUAUGACACUGCUUUAAUAAAUGGUUUAGCUGUAA